AUGUUCGAGAACUUGUGCGCGCUCCCGGUGGAGCACGACAUCUUUGUGCAGGCGAUCCACCCAGAGGAGCCUAUCAUAUCGGUUGGCUUGGCUAGCGGCCAUGUGCAGACCUUCAGGCUGCCCUCGGGCGCAAGCGACGACGACGACAAUGACGAGACGAUAGCUUCCGAAAAGGGCUUCGGCACCAUAGACAAGCUCUGGGACACACGGCGACACAAGGGCAGCUGUCGGACACUCGGAUACAGCGUCGAUGGCACGUCGCUUUACUCGGCAGGCACAGAUGGCAUGAUCAAGGUCGCAGACUGCAUGACUGGCCAGGUCACGGCCAAGAUCUGUGUACCGCUGGAUCCCGCGAAUGGCGGCAUCGAUGCGCCUACCCUCGUCUACGGGCUCUCACCGCAAUCCCUCAUCCUCACCACCGACUCGGGCUCACUGCACAUCUACGACAUUAGGAACCUCAAGGGCGGCGAGAAAGUCUCCCUAAAGCCCGAGAACACACACCGCCCCCACGACGACUACGUCUCCUCCCUCACACCUCUACCGCCCACGCAAGCGAGUACCAGCGGCUGGGCCAAGCAAUGGGUCACAACGGGAGGAAGCACACUGGCCGUCACGGAUCUGCGAAGAGGCGUCAUGGUCCGGAGUGAGGACCAGGAAGAAGAGCUGCUCAGUUCGUGCAUCGUGACUGGUCUACCAAAGAAGGGCUCAAGCGUAGGCGAGAAGGUCAUUGUGGGUGCAGGCGACGGUGUUCUAACACUCUGGGAGCGCGGAGUCUGGGAUGACCAAGAUGAGCGCAUCAUCGUCGACCGCUCUAAGGGAGGCGGCGAGAGCCUCGACUCCCUCACUGUCGUACCAGACGGCGUUGGACCUGGCGGAAAGCACAUCGCCGUAGGCCUGGGCAACGGAGACAUUCGCUUUGCCAAGCUCGGCCCGAAUAAGGUUGUCGCAGAGCUCAAGCACGACGAGCUGGCCAAGGAGAGCGUCAUUGGUCUGGGUUUCGACGUCACCGGCCGCAUGAUCAGCAGUGGUGGAAAGACCGUCAAGGUCUGGGGCGAGCAGACCUGGCAGGACGUGGACGAAGACGACGAGGAGACCACUAACGGCAAGCGAGAUCACGAAAGCGAGGACAGCGACGAUAGCGAUAAGGACAUGGACGACAGCAGUGAGGACGAUGAGCCCAAGCAGACGCGCAAGAGGAGAAAGAAGGGCAAGGGCGGACAAGCCAAGGGCCAUGGCAUCACGCAGUUCUUAGGACUGGAUUGA